AUGUCUGCACGACCUCAGCCCUACCGAGCUGGGUUGGGAACAUCACUCCGUGUGAAUCAUGGCUUAGAAUCUCUCGAAGACCACGAAAAUUCCAACAUUGUAGCACCGUCGCACCCCGAAACUAUCAUCCCUCCAACUGAAAACCCUGAAGUCAGAAUACGGAGUACGAUGCUUUCCCAAGGUGCUAGUGAGUCGUCCCCCAACGAUGCCGAAUCGAAAACACCCGAAUCGUUCGUGGAGAUGUAUACAGUUGCUUGGAUCUGUGCCUUGCAUGAGGAACUCAUGGCUGCUUGUCGAAUGCUGGACGAAGAAUAUCAAGGCCCAGAACAUCCAACGAUAAACGACCAUAACACUUAUACAUUUGGUCGGAUUCGUGAUCAUUACGUGGUAGUUGGGUGCAUGCAAAUGGGCCGUGUGGGAACAUGUAACGCUGCCAGUGUUGCUAGAGACAUGGUUAGGUCUUUUCCGAAUUUGAAAUUUGGCUUAAUGGUAGGCAUUGGAGGGGGGGCUCCAACAAAAAAAAGAGACAUUCGGCUCGGUGAUGUCGUUGUUAGCGUUCCAGAGGGAACACAGCCUGGUGUUGUGCAAUAUGACUUUGGCAAAAGACUAUCCGAAAAUUGUUUUCAGCGAACCGGCCACUUGAACGCUCCCCCAAACUUACUGCUUGGAGCAACCCAGGUGUUGAAACGACUACACAACGAUCCCAAGAAACCGGACAGUAUUGCCACUCACAUCAAAAGGAUGGAUGAUAUGCUUGACUAUCAACACCCGGCGCAAGACUCCCUAUAUCGUACGAACUAUGAACAUAAAGAUAGACAAGCUGGGCCGGAAAAUAGUGAGGAUGAUGGAAGUGAAGAUGAAGACGGCUGCCACAAUUGUGGGAGCGAGGGAUUGGUCCAUCGAAAAGAGCGUCCAAGCGGGCGUAAAGUCUAUAUACAUUACGGUACAAUUGCCUCUGGGAAUUCGGUCAUGAAGGAUCCAAAGACUAGAAAUUAUUACGCUAGAAAUUCAGAGCUCAAUGUUCUGUGUUUUGAGACAGAGGCCGCGGGCCUAAUGAAUAAUCUGCCAUGCCUCGUCAUACGGGGAAUCUCUGACUAUUCGGAUUCCCAUAAGAAUGACAGCUGGAAAAAGUUUGCAGCCCUCACAGCUGCAGCAUAUGCGAGGGAAUUGCUUAUUAUUCUGAGGCCACAAAAUGUGUGUGUUAUGCCUUCAUGGGCCAGGGACAUGAAAAAUGAAAUUGAUAUGCUGCAAAAUCGUCAAGAAGACCUCUUAAGAUUGAACGAGACAGUUUCAAAGGAUGUGAAAUAUCUUCGCACACAAGGAAUGAAUCAGAAACAUCAAGAUAUCUUGGAAUGGCUCGCAGAAGCAGACUUCACUAAUCAACAAAGUGAUAUCAUUGCAAAACGACAGAAAGGUACUGGGGAAUGGAUGCUGGAAUCAAAUGAAUUCAAACAAUGGUUCGAACAAGAAAAUCAAACUCUUUUCUGCCCGGGUAUACCAGGAGCGGGCAAGACAGUUAUCACUUCUGUUGUUAUUCAACAUCUCGACAGCGUAUUCCGAAGUGACCCUACCGUAGGUAUUGCGUACCUAUAUUUUAGUCUUCAGCAACCGCAACAGCACAAUCAAACUGCCAAGAUGAUGAGAAGCCUUUUGAGGCAGCUAGUCCGGAUUCCUACAUCUGAAAGUUUAAUGUGCCUUUACGGUCAUUAUAAUUCUAAAGGAACAAGCCCUUCAGCUGAUGAAGUUCUUGAGGUUUUAUGCUCCGUUGCCGCUUCUUAUUCCAGGGUGUUUAUUGUAGUUGACGCACUCGACGAAUUUCAAGGCUCUCAAGAAGAACGCAUGGUGUUCUUAUCAAUGAUGUUCAAAAUUCAAGAGAGAAUUGGUGCCAAUAUUUUUGCAACUUCGCGGUUUAUCAAGGAGAUCGAGAAUGAAUUUCGGGGAGCUAUCAAACUAAUGAUCCGCGCCCACGACAUAGAUGUCCAGAAGUACAUUGACGGUAGGUUGCAAAAAAUCCCUUUGCUAGCUUCAAAGGAUCUUUCUCUACUACAAGAGAUCAAGGGUAGAGUCUCUAAAGCAGCUGGAGAGAUGUUUCUACUUGUGAAACUUUAUAUCGAUUCUUUUGUUGAUAAGACUACAAUUAGGGCGGUAAAGAUUGCGCUUAAGGAUUUGGAGGUAAAGGACAAUACACCUAAUGACGUCGGGAGAACUAAAGCAUUGGACCGCGCCUACAUGCAUGCUAUGAAGCGAAUAGAUACCCAAGCAGAGGAACGUUGCAAACUAGCGAAGCAAAUUCUGUCGUGGAUUACCUUUGCUAAGAAACCCUUAUCACGUUUAGAGCUUCAACAAGCUCUAGCUGUUGAGGUUGGUAAGCCUGAGCUUGACAAUGAGAACAUUCCCGACAUAGAAGUCAUGGUCUCUGUAUGUGCUGGCUUAAUCACUGUUGAUGAGAGAAGUGAACACAUCCGAUUGGUCCACUAUACAGCGCAUGAAUAUUUUAAGCGGACCUGGGACACAUGGCUCCCUAAUAUUGAGUCUGAUAUUACCACGGUAUUGGUUACGUAUCUGUCAUUUGAGAAUUUUGAAGUCGGCCCUUGUCAAACCUCUGAGGAUCUUGAGGCAAGAUUGCAGUCAAAUCCCCUUUAUAAUUAUGCUGCUCGAUAUUGGGGCUAUCAUGCUCGAGCAGCCUCGAUGGAGCUGGACCAUGCUAUUCUGUUUUUUCUUGAGAAUAAUGCGAAAGUGGCUGCUGCCAUCCAGGCAAUGAAAGCGACCGCAUGGACAUUAUUUACUAGCGACGAGCUUGACAGAAUUGAUGGAUUAGCGGUACAUAUCGCCGCACACUUUGGGCUGACAAACACAAUAGAUGCAUUAUUGAGGAAGGGCUUUUCGGCAGACACCCCAGGCAGAGAUAUUUAUGGACGAAGACAUACGCCACUGGAAAUUGCGGCAUCAAGCGGGCAUAAGACAAUGGUGAAGUUGCUUCUCUCUCAGGAAGGCACCAAUCCCAAUCGUGAAGAUCAAUUCGGAAGAACUCCACUAUCACAUGCAGCAGAGAAAGGAUAUGAAGAUAUAGUCAAGCUGCUUCUUUCUCAAGAAAGUGACAAUACGGACCCUAGGAGUGAUAGCCCUUGUGGAAGAGGAAGGACUCCAUUAUCAUACGCAGCAGAGAAAGGACGUGAAGCUGUAAUCGAGCUGCUUCUCUCUCAAAAAGGUAUCAACCCAGACAGCAAAGACAAAGAUGGGAGAACUCCGCUAUUCUAUGCUGCAGGCAGAGGGAGUGAAGCUGUUGUCAAGCUGCUUCUCGCUACAAAAGGUGUCAACCCAGACAGUAAAGACAUACUCAAAAUAACCCCGCUACUAAAAGCAGCAGGGAGAGGGCAUGCAGCUGUGGUUAAUCUGCUUCUCGCUUCCAAACGUGUCAACGUAGAAAGUAAAGACAACUUAGGAAGCACUCCGCUAUUACAUGCAGCUCAGGAAGGACAUGAAGCUGUGGUCAAGCUGCUUCUCGCAGAAAAUGCUUAUUCAGGCUCCACAGAUAUUGGUGAAAGAACGCCACUUUCGCAUGCAGCACAAUUAGGACAUAAAGCUGUAGUUGAGCUGCUACUUGCAAAUAAUGUUGAUCCAGACUCCGGAGAUGCAAGGAAAAGGACACCGAUAUCAUAUGCAGCAGAAUGGGGGCAUGAAGCCGUAGUCAAGCUGCUUCUCUCUACGAAAAAUGUCAAUUUGGACUCCAAAGCCGUUUCUUUCGACUACAAUCGCAUCGACCACCACGGGUGGACUCCACUAUUAUAUGCGAUAUACAGAAAUCACAAGACAGUAGUAAAACUACUGCUUGAUGCAGGCGCUAGUAUUACCCUCGAAACACGAAUAUGGCUGGAUACUCACGGUGGAAGCCACGAGGACGUCUUAAAUUUGUUGGGAAUGUCGGUCGAGCUCGAUGUACCCGUGCGUCUCCGACGUGCAAUUCUGCAGAACGAUGUCUUGCUGGUCAAGCGCAUUGUGAAGAAUAACCCGUCGUAUCUGGAAAAUCCGGAUUUCGCAGACAAGAGUAAUACCUCGUUGCAUCUCGCUGCUAUCAAGGGUCAUGUCCACGUCCUGAAACUCCUGCUAUCCUUUGGCCAUGAUUCAUGUACGCCAAAUAUCAACAGAACUGGCUAUGACUCUGCACCUGGCAUCAGUCUCAACACUGAAUCCUCAACAAGCCUGCACCUCGCCGCCUCUCACUCCCACGCCGCCUGCGUCAACCACCUCUGCCAAACCUUCCCACACAUUAUAAACUGGCGGGAUAAAAAUGGCAAAACCGCCCUUAUGCUCGCCGCCCAAAGCUCCAAUCCAACCCACACUCCCCUCAGUACCUCCCAUAUCCCGCCCACGGGUCGACCGCGUGCUGUCUCGGCGGGAACGGCAAUGGCCUCUGAGGACACGGCCACGGUCGCCGCGCUUCUGGCACAUAACGCCUCGAUGGCGUUGACGGAUAAUGCAGGGAACACGGCCCUGCAUCACGCGAGUGCCUGGGGAAACCUCAAGGCUGUACGCGUGCUGCUUUCUGCCGGCGCACCUCCUUUCGCCCGCAACAAAGCGAAUCAUUCGCCUCUCGACUAUUCCAUUACAAAACAGGCUGCGCAGUAUUUCCAAACGAUUGUCUCGGAGCUAGGGAAAGCGGUGCAGGAGCCCAAGCUCAAGCUGAACACGGCUGUUUCGAACGUUAUCGCGUCGGCUGAUGAGUCGCGAUCAGCUGGCCCGCGUUUGUCGCCGAUUGUCUCACCCGUGCAGGCGAGAAUGAACGCUAAUAGGGAGUUCGCAAAGGCGAUGGCGCCGAGCAAAGGCACUCCUGGCGGCCUUAGACUGGUUAUUGAUACGGAGAAUAACGAACUGGCCAAUCUCGAGGACGACGAUGUCCCGUCAACCGCGAAGAGGCUUGAGCGCGAGCCUUAA